CCGAUUCGUGUUUUGAAAAAUUCAACCGCUCUCCAAAAUUCUCCAAUUCACACAAGAUUAUGAACCCACUUCCCAAACCCCUUCAAAUUUCAAUACCCAAAUCUUAUUUUCUCUCACUUCCUCUCAAAUUUCUCUGAAUCUGAUCCAAUUUCUCCCCUGUUUUUCUAAUUUUUUUUUUUUGGCCUGCAACAAGGACACCUCAAAUUCUUCAUCAGUUUGUUCCAUAGUCUGGUCUUAUCAUGAGGUUAUAGCUUUCAAUUCCUCUGUGUCUCAAUUUUUUUUUUAAUAUUCUGAUCCUCUUUAUUAAUAAGUCUUUCUCUCUCAAAACCCCCAUUCCUCCAUUAAUCCCAGGUUUAUUUUCCUUUCUUUGCUGUGUGUUUUGAAUUCGGUUUCCAUUUGUUCUUGGUGUUCCAACUUGAAAUUCCCAUCUGGGUCUUGCUCAGUUUUGCUGAGAAUUGAACCAUGGGAAUUCAAAAGGACAGAAUAAAAUUCAACGUGGGAGGCAAGUUCUUCGAAACCACAUCAACAACCCUAGCCAAUGCCGGCCGAAAUUCCUUCUUCGGCGCAAUGUUUGAUCAUCAAUGGAACCUCCAAACCCUUAAUUCCGACGAAUUCUUCAUCGAUCGAAACCCCGAUUGUUUCGCAAUCCUCCUAGACCUCCUCAGAACAGGGGAGCUCUAUAUUCCAUCCCAUAUCCCAGAAAAACUCCUCUACAGAGAAGCCAUGUUCUAUGGCCUUUUAGACCACGUUCGGACCGCGAAACGAGGCCAAUUUAAUGGAAAUCGGCUCCGUUUUUCGCGGUCCAAAACAGGGCAAGCCCCCGGGGACGGCACGGCAAUCCGUGCUGGCCCGGACGGCGGGUGCUGUGUGGCUCAUGGUAGUAUGGUCCAUGUUUAUGAUUGGAUGCUAGAAGAGCACCCUCCAAUCAGUCUUGAUUAUCAGAGGAUCAAUGAUGUGGGUUGGAUCGAUUCGGAGACCGUUGUGGUCACUGCAUGUGAGCGGUUAGGGCGCGGCGAUGGCGGGAUGGCUCUGUUUUCUGCAUCAUCAGGGGAAAUCAGGCAUAGAUUUCAGGUCAAUCAUGAGGAUCAAGUGAAGAGUUACACAGCUGGUGCUUUGAGCUUUAGCACAGAGGAUUACAAGAUUUUUUCUAGUUGUAAAGGUAGAAGCAAUGAGUAUGGGAUUGGUGUUUGGGACCAAAUCACUGGAAAACAGAUUGAUUUCUACUAUGAACCAAUUGGUUGGUCACUUGGUGAUGCAGAUAGGCUUCAGUGGUUACAUGGUACUAACUGUUUGUUGGUUGCAACUUUUAUUUAG